AUGGCCAAGAAGACAGCCGCAGACAAGAAAGAGACUUCUGCGACCAAGAAAGGAUCCGGGAAAGGAUCCGGGAAGGCGCAAGAUGCCGAUACCGACGCCGGAAAAUCCACCGGCAAACUCAAAGCAGCAACAGCGGUGAACGUGCGACACAUCCUCUGCGAGAAACACGCCAAAGCGACUGAGGCGCUCGGAAAGCUUCAAGAAGGAGUGGCCUUCAACAAAGUCGCAACAGAGUAUUCGGAGGACAAGGCCAAAGCCGGCGGGAGCCUGGGAUGGAUGGUGCGAGGCAGCAUGGUGGGAGCAUUCCAGGAUGCCGCGUUCGCUCUCACACCAUCGACGGUGGACAAGCCCAUCUACUCUUCUCUGGUGAAGACGAACUUCGGGUACCAUAUCAUCAUGGUCGAGGGCAGGAGGUAAUCUCUGGAAAACAACGCGAUCAAGUCGGCUCGUUGCCUGUCGCG